ACUCGCCACCUCGCUCUGGGACCACGAACGCUGUGGGAGGCACGGGCCGUGGACAGGACGCUGCGCUCGGGUUACCCAAUGCGUGGACUAUCUGCCGCCGCUGCCCGUGCAAUAUGCUGGAGCUCCAGAACAGCUAAACGGAGUCGCCACACCGCUGCCUGGGCUGGAUCGCAGCGCUGCCUUUCCUUAUGAAGAAGACACAAACUUGGAUUUUCACUUGCAUUUAUCUUCAGCUGCUCCUGUUUAAUCCUCUCGUCAAAACUAAAGGGAUCUGUGGGAAUCGUGUGACUGAUGAUGUGAAAGACGUUACAAAAUUGGUGGCAAAUCUUCCAAAAGACUAUAAGAUAUCCCUCAAGUAUGUUCCCGGGAUGGACAUUUUGCCCAGUCAUUGUUGGAUAAGUGAAAUGGUGAGACAGUUGACGUUCAGCUUGACUGAGCUUCUGAGCAAGUUUUCAAGUAUUUCUGAAGGCUUGAGUAAUUAUUCCAUCAUAGACAAACUUGUGAAGAUAGUGGAUGAUCUGGUGGAGUGCGUGGAGGACCACUCAUCUACGCAUGUAAUAAGAGGAUCUAAGAACCCAGAACCCAGGCUAUUUACUCCUGAAGAAUUCUUUAGCAUUUUCAAUAGAUCCAUAGAUGCCAUUAAGGACUUUAGGGUGACAUCAGAAACAAGUGAUUGUGUGCUUUCUUCAACAUUAAGUCCUGAGAAAGAUUCCAGAGUCAGUGUCACAAAACCAUUUAUGUUACCCCCUGUUGCAGCCAGCUCCCUUAGGAAUGACAGCAGUAGCAGUAAUAGGAAGGCUGAAAAUUCCAUUGGUGACUCCAGCCUACAAUGGGCAGCCAUGGCAUUGCUAGCGUUCUUUUCUCUUGUAAUUGGGUUUGCUUUUGGAGCCUUCUACUGGAAGAAGAAACAACCAAAUCUUACAAGGGCAGUUGAAAAUACACAGAUCAAUGAAGAGGAUAAUGAGAUAAGUAUGUUGCAAGAAAGAGAGAGAGAGUUUCAAGAAGUGUAAUUGUGGCUUCUAUCAACACUGUUACAUUCGUACACUGGCGGGUAACAGUUCAUGUUUGCUUCAUAAAUGAAGCAGCUUAAAACAAAUUCAUAUUCUGUCUGGAGUGACAGACCGCAUCUUUAUCUGUUCUUGCUACCCAUGACUCUGUAAGGAUGAUUCAGAAAUUGGAACAAAGUGUUUUACUGUGAAACUGGCCCUGAAUUAAUCAUCUGUAAAGAAGAACUUGCAUGGAGCAGGACUCUAUUUUAAGGACCUGGGGGACUUGUGGUCUCAUUUAGAACUUGCGACUGAUAUUGGGAAAGCAGGCACGCGUCGCAGACUGCACGCACAAUUUGCAUGCCUCCAGAAAUGUCUAAUUGCUGAAAAACCACAUAGCUUUAUUUUUCAGUUACAACCUGUAGCCAUAGUUAACCUGAUCUCUGCAAGUAGAUUUCAGCCUGGAUAGUGGGGGGUAACCAUUUUUUCUCAAAGGGAUCGAAAAAAAAUGCUUAAAACAAAAACUCAAUCGCAUCAGCCACUGUACAGUCUAGAAGGCAGUGAGAGCUAAGUGAUGACAGGAGUAGGCAGCUGGUCAGCCUUGUAGCUGCUGAUUCAUAAUGUAGGUCUGGUUAUGAUCUCUUCCUGACAUAGACCGUGCUGAACCAUAUCUCACUAGACAAUGGACAUGGCUGGUUCUGUCCAUGUCGGGGAGCCAACAAUGAACUAGAGCAGUGAUGCCUUUGCAGAGCAAAGACUCUCCGGAAGAGUUAACCCAUGAAGAAGCUAUGAACACUGAACAGCAGAAGUUUGCCAAGGAGGACACUUGGCAACCCUGGUUAAGUCUGCCUUUUCCCUUGACCGCUACAGAGUGAAUAGGUCGUGUUUGCAAACUGUAUUACAAAAUGUUUAUAUUCUAAAACUGUUACAGAGUCGUGUAAAGGGACUUAGGAGAAAAUGCUGAAUGUAUGGAAGUCCCAUUUUAAAUUUCCACCGUGGCAGAGAGUAAAAAAAUAAAUUACAAUUUUUUUUUUUAAUCUUAGAUAUGGGUGCUUUAUAUGGGUAUUGAAAACUAGGUUACCUGGCUUUUAAAGAAUGCAAGGAAUCUGAAAACUUUAGUUAUUUAUAGUAUAUUCACCAUUUUCUGUUUAAAGGAUCCAUUUAUUUAAAAUCAGGCACCCUAUAUUCAUUAAAGUUUAUGAAUUAAAAAACAAAUAAAAACAGAGCUUUAUGUAGUUCCGCAUGUCAGUAUGAUAUUUAAAAUGUGUUUCGCAUAGUUAGAGUGAAUUUGGCAGGGAUUCCCAAGACAUACACUGCAUUUUUAAACUUGAACUUAUGAAUGAUUAUGUGAAUUCCUUUUGCCAAUUUUUUUUAUAGUCAAAGAAACAUCCAACUAAAGUCAAAGAAUGUUUUCUUAUGGUUUAUUUUGAUGAAAGUUCUUUUGGCAUACCAUGAAGGUAUAUGUAAAGGAAUUCAAAGCUUUCCAGUCCAAUUUGAUCAUGUGAUAACAUUAUUGCCAUGUACUAUGAUCACAAUCUGACCAUUUUCAGUGCAGUAAUAGAAAAGGGCAUAUGCUAGAUUUGUUUUGAUGUCAAGAGUCCAAGCAUUUCUGGUAUUGUUGGAUUUUAGCUUAUGUUCAAAGCUAAUCCAAAUAUAUCUCUGGUAAGUGGCCUUUGCCCUUUUUUGCACCUAAGAGCCCAGAUGGUUUCUACAGUCUUUUCCUUUAGAGUGUUGGGCUUCCUCAGACAGUAAUCAUUUCUCUAAGAUACAACCCAGAUCCUUUGGGAAGCUGCAUUAAUUUGUUCAAGCCCUUGGAUAUCCCUUGGCAUGAUCGAUGAAUAAUAAAGCCGAACAUCAGUUUAAUUGCUAAAAGGACCUGUUUGAAUGUGUGACAUUGAUUAUUUUGAGGAAAAUAGACACAGGUUAGCAUGAGCUAUAUGUAUAGGUCAUGGCCACCUAAGUUCAUACUUUUCAAUCAAAUGGUUUUAUUUAUUUAACCAACGGGUUCUGUUUUCUUGGGCAUAUGGAAAUGCUGUUUGAUAAGCUUGAGAGUACAAAAAUGUACCUGUGUUCUCAAAGCUAGUAGCUGGAUUUUCAAACUUAAGGACACGGUCCUAAUUAAUAAAAAAAGAGUUAAAUAAAUAGAUUCUGCAAAUAUGAAAUCUGACACGAUAGGGGAAGGGCCGUGUUGUGCUUAAUUAAAUGUAUUGGUUCGUUGAGAGUUACAUGGAUUACCAAUUUUUGAAACUCUAAAAUUCAAUAAAAUGCAUUAAGAAUAGAAAAAUCCUGUACAUUAUUUUGGAUGUUAGCAGCUUGGGCAUUAACUGUGUCAUACCUGCUUUGAAAUUAAAAAAGAAAAAAAAGUAUAUAUCUUUGCUUAUUUUAUCCCAUGUAUGUUCUGAAUAUCCUCCCUUCUUGACUCAUGGAAACUCAUAACUGACAUCAUAAACCAUGAAGUCACCUUUCAAAGUGGUGCCACAUAUCUGAUAGUUUUUUCUUGUAAUGUUUCAAAAUUGCCUUUUAAAAUGAUCCCAGAAGCCCUGCAGAUUCUAAAUUAGACUGAACACUUUACACCUCUUUGGCAGAACCCAAGUCUAUAAAGAAACCUGUUCCAUGAUAAAGGGUGGCUGCCCAGCAAUAUGGAAGUGUUCCUGGAUAUUGUAUAAUAAUCUAAUGUGCUUACCACACUGCCAUUUUUUUAAUGAGUCAGAGACUAAUUUUUUCAAUACUGUCAUAGAACAAGUAACCUAUCCUCUUAAAAUGAAAAAGUGUAUGUCCAUAAUGAAGUGUUUGCAUUUAGUAAGAAUAAAACACAUUUCUUGAGCAUUAAAGUACUUUGGAGAGCCUUUGUGUCACAUUUUAGUAUUCUAAUUCAACUGACGUUUUAAAUUAAUAGAAAAAUUCAUUCAGAAAUCAUGGCUUUUUCUUAAUGUUCUUCUGCAGCUAAGUUUUGGCUUCUAAAUUAAAUUCCAAUAUGUAGCUUUCAGCUAAUCCAUAUCAAUUCUUCUUUAACUAAGAAAUACGUCUUUCAGAAAGACAGUUUGGCAUAAUGGGAUGGAUGUUGGGAAAAAUUAUCAGGACCCUCCACUGUGUCGUUAACUGAUGUUGGUAAAUCAUCUCUCCUCCUUAGAUCUCACUUUAAAAAAAAAAAAAUCGGUAUGGUGAACUCUGAGUUCCCUCCUAAAUCAGGAGCCUAUUCCUCUAUGACUAACAAAGAAGUUCAAAGUGACCUGAGACUAUCCUGUACAAAAUAUUUAGCUCUCCUCUCUGUGAAUAAGCAUCUUGACCAUAAAAAGUCAUUGCUGUUCGUGUUUCUAAUGUAAAUAGGAUCCAUUAGUAAGAGUGAAAUUCAGUCUCAAGUAGUGUGAAUUGGAUAACCAUUUACACAAGAGAUGGCUUUUUCCUUUGCUUAAAUAAACGUUUUGGGUCACCUCUGAAGAAUGAAAACCAGUAGUACAUUUUAGUCUGGAAGAAAUACUAUAAGAUGUGUGUAAUAUUUGGAAAUGCACCAAGGUAAGCAUUUAAAUGCCCUCAUUUUAUUAAAAGCUAAGAGCAGAAAAAUGUGAGAGGCUUCUUUAAAAUUGUGGAAUGUUAAAGAUAUUUUAGAAUCCAUUUGGAAAGGGGUAGUAAUCCAUAAAUUAUAUUUUAAAUUUGGAAAAUGGGAUAAGAAUUGUAAAGUAAUGGCAACUUGUCUUUGAAACAAUAUUAUUUUGAAAUUUGGCUUUAAGAUAUAAACAUUCAGAUUGAAAUUCUAACUAGUUCACUUGUGGUGUUUGGUCACACAAUACAUGCCAUUGCUGCUUUCCAUUAACUAAUCUUAAAAUGCCUUAGAUAAAUGCAAAGAUUAAAAAAAUGGCACUUGCAUUUCAUAACAAGGUGUUUUAGAAAUAUAAUCCAUAUUAAAAUGGGUAUUCAUGAUCCUAAAAUGUUUGCUAAGCAUUGUAAAUUUAUAACUGCCAUCUCCAUCCACAUUCUUCCGAUGUUUUUAAAAAUAAAUUUAAGAUAAUAAUUGUUUAAACUGAAAACCAUGGUAUUUUCAGUUGUUUGAUUUCUGCACUGCAAGACUCACUAAAUACAAUUUUCCAAUCAAAAUAUCUUAUUCUCCUAUAUUCAAAGGAUUGAUGUGUGAUUAUAGUGUCCACUUGCCACUAUUUUUUAAAAUCAAUGGACUUGAAAAGUAUUCAGUCAUUUAGAUGGAUGCACAGAUAUAUUGCUAGUUCAGUCAUAGGUUGGAGUUUGCAUAUUGUAAUGUAAAUGUAUGUCAACACUAUUCUAAAUAGUUUUAUUAUGAUUGAAGUUUAAUUAAAUAAAAAAGUUGUAAAAUGUGUUGUGUAUGUGUAUAUACUGUAUGUGUACUUUUUAAAAUAGUUAUAUGUCCUGAUCCUUUUUUAUACAGGUUUGAAUUUGAAAUUACAUUAUAUAUACAUAUACUUUAUUGUUCUAAAUA